GAACCUGAAGGAGGCUACGCUCAGAUGUCCAUACUUGCGGAGUCUGCACACUACACUACCUAUGUGCACUGGAGGGUGCCGCGCGGGGUUUGAGAAUGUCAAGCACGAGAGGCUUGCCAGGUGUAGCUUCUUGCGUUUUUGAGACACUCUCAACGCCCAAGCAUCAUCGACUAGCGCGCGAUCUCCGAUUUCCUGUCUGUUUCUGGAACCCUCGCUUGUGGACUGUCUUACUGUCGAGCACGAGACGAAGCUCAAGAAGCCAAGGAUCCCCGCGCCAUGCCCUGCUGUGUAGAUCCCCCGGAGUAUAUCUCUGCAACCUUCGGAUCUGUCUGGGUGGACCCGGAUCGUCGUUGACGUUACGCUCGCCCCGGAUUUUGCGAGCCUUCAGCGCCCACUCCUACAAGCUUAGUUGAACACCCUAUCCAGAGAAUCCAAGGCUUGAGACCUGAGAUGUCGUCGUCUUCGCCGCCGGCAGCGCUGCCGCCCAACGCUUAUGACGACCGGAGGGCCACCGUCAUCGGGACGGUGGUAUUCUGUCUCUCAUGGGCAACGGCCAUGGUCGGCGCCCGGCUAUAUACCCGAGGCGUCGUCAUACAUCAGCUGGGCGUUGAUGACUAUUUGUGCGCCGUGGCUUUGCUUGUCACGUACGGUUCCGGCAUUGCCAUUGCCCAUAUGACCAAGUACGGCUUGGGAAGACAUGUGUACAUCAUGGAGCCAGCGAACGUCCCGCUGUAUUUGAGGGACUUCUACGUCUCCAUUGUGCUCUACUGCUCAUCCCUGCUCUUCAUCAAGAUGACCUUUCUCUUCCAGUACUAUCGCGUGCUGGCGGUGCAGCACAUGCGCAAAGUCUACAUUGGCUGCAUGGUCGUCGUGGGCGGCUGGGCGCUCUCUCAAGUCUUAGUCGGCAUCUUCACCUGCAACCCCGUGUCGGGCUUCUGGGACUCGUCCAUUCAGGCCAAGUGCAUCCCCGACAUUCCCCAGUGGUACAUCAACGCCGGCGGCAACAUCAUCACCGACGUGGUGGUGUUUACCCUGCCGCUGCCCGCCCUCUGGAAGCUGCAGCUCGCGCGGCCAUCCAGGAUCGUGCUGGUCGGCAUCUUCAGCCUCGGCUUCUUCACCGUCGUCAUCUCCAUCAUCCGCAUCCGCUACCUCAAGCUUUUCGAGGACUUCCCCUGGGAGAAUGUCGCAUCGUCCCUGUGGUCCAUUGGCGAGCUGACAUCGGCAUUGACAUGCGCCUGUCUGCCCACCCUGCGCCCGCUCGUGGUCCGCUUCGUCCCGGGCUUAGCCUCCCACGUCACCAGAGGGUACGCCCACACGGGGUCCGGCGGAGGCACGAAGAACAGGUAUCGGGCCAGCGCUGGGCCGUCAGCGCUGGAGUCAGGGCUAGGAGGGGCAAGGGGGCCCGGCGGCGGGAGGACGCGAACUGGCUCGAGCAGCGGCGUGGACGAUGGCUCACUGUCGAUGACAGGGGACGAAGUGGAAUUGACCCACACGGAGCUCAAGCAGCACAACCCGUUCGAGGUGCAUGUUGUUCGCGAGCUGCGCGUUGGAGUUGAGAAAGGAAGCGCAGCAAGUCGCGGCGACUUCGGUGUACACGGAUAUGUGGCCCCGGCUGGCCUAACCUGAGUGCAGCGAACAUUGUCUGGGUGUCCACUAAGGGGCUGGUUUGGGUACGCAUGACAGUCUAUCAGGUACUAUUCUCUGUGGCGAGAGUUGACCACUACGAUCUAUUCUUUUUGUUUAAUCUAUUCAAGGCUCCAAUCUAGUUCUCCUGUUUCCAAUUCCGUCCCAAUGGCAGCCCCAGC